UGAAUUGAAAGGUUUUGGAAGUGAAGAUAAUUUGUUUAAUUUGUGUAGAAUAGGCUUAAUUUAAUUUCCAAAAUGACAGAACAACAAUUUCGGGUCACAGAAAAACAAAUCCAAGAUGCACACACAACGUUUCAUCUGUUCGACCAUAAAGGCAAUAAAAUGGUUCUAACUAAACAUUUAGGUCAAGUAUUUAGAAGUCUAGGUUUACAUGUUCCUGAUGAUAAAGUCAAGGAUUGGUCAGAUGAGGUCGACGAGGAAGCUACCGGAGAAAUCACAUUCGAACAAUUCCUUCCUCUUUUUGAAAUGAAACUAAAAGAAGACGAGGACGAACGAGAAUUGAGAGAAGCAUUCCGGGUUUUAGAUAAAAACAAGAAGGGAGUUAUAGACGUGGCUGAUUUAAGGUGGUUAUUGAAAAGUUUGGGUGACGAUCUCACUGACGAGGAAAUAGAGGCCAUGAUUAUUGAAACUGAUACUGACGGAAGUGGAACUGUAGAUUAUGAAGAAUUUAAAGCUUUGAUGACGUCAGCAUAAAGAAUGUUGCCUCAGAUUUCCUGCGAUAGCACUCAGCUAACCUGGAUGUUUGCUAUACGCCAAAGAAAGUCUCGAUCACACACUGCCUCCAUUUUGUCCAUUUUUAUUUAAAACUGAUGUUUUUAGAAAUGUCUUGUAUUGUACAUCAAUGGAAUAAAUUAUUUGUAAACG